AAACAUGGCUAUGAUUAGUGUUUAUAAAUAUCACAGCAACUAUCUAUUAAAAUUUAAUAAAAACAUAUACCUUCGAUGGUGAUAUACGUUGAGUUAUAUUUCCCGCAUCUAUAUCACAAGCACUCAUUUAAACUUGUUAAGAUCUAUUGAUGUUGAUUCGGUUCCAUUGGCUUCAAUCUGAACUCAGCAACUGCAUAUGCAAGUCACUUUUGAGGGCUAAGCAGUUACAUGCUUUGCUUUUAAGGACCCAUCUCUUAGAGGAUCCCUUUUAUGCAACUAAACUUGUUAGGCUCUAUGCUGCCAACAAUGACAUUCACUCUGCAUACCAAGUGUUUGAUGAAAGUUCUACAAGAAGUGUCUACCUUUGGAACUCCAUCAUUCGUGCUUAUGCUCAGUCCAGUAGAUUUGACAGUGCAAUCUCCUUGUUUAGAACCAUGUUUGGAGCUGAUAUAAGCCCUGACAAUUACACUUAUGCUUGCGUUAUUCGCGCGUGCUGCGACAACUUUGAUUUUGGCAUGCUGAGACUAGUUCAUGGAGCUGCUGUGGCUUCUGGGUUUGGAAUGGACCCUAUUUGCUGCAGUGCUCUUGUGGCAGCAUACUCAAAGCUUGGUUUUGUUAAUGAUGCACAUAGAGUGUUCAAUGGCAUCGCUGCACCCGAUUUGGUUUUGUGGAAUUCACUGAUUUCUGGUUAUGUGUGCUCUGGCUCUUGGGAGAUAGGGAUGCAAAUGUUUAACUCGAUGCGACAUGUUGGGGGGAAGCCAGAUGGAUUUACACUUGCUGGAUUGCUUGGUGGGAUCACAGAUUCUAGCUUGAUGAGUAUUGGCCAAGGAUUACAUGGUUUAAGCUUAAAGAGUGGGCUAGAUUCUGAUUCCCAUGUAGGUAGUUUACUGGUGAGUAUGUACUCAAGAUGCAAGUGCAUGGCAUCAGCAUAUAGCGUCUUUUUCAGUAUUUUCCAGCCUGAUUUGGUCACCUGGUCUGCUCUUAUUGCUGGCUAUUCGAUGUCCGGGGAGUAUGAGAAGGCCUUGUUCUAUUUCAGGAAAUUAAACAAGGGAAACAAGAAGCCUGACUCUGUUUUGAUUGCUAGUGCAUUGGCUGCUAUAGCUCAGGCAGCGAAUAUAGGACCCGGAUAUGAGAUACAUGGUUAUGUUAUUCGGCAUGGAUUCGAAUCAGAUGUCAAGGUCUCUUCAGCUCUUGUAGAUAUGUAUUCAAAGUGUGGCUUCUUGCACUUGGGAACUCGAGUUUUCAGGAUAAUGCCAGAACGGAAUAUAGUUUCUUAUAAUUCCAUUAUUUCUGGUCUUGGUUUGCAUGGAUGUGCUUCUGAGUCUUUUAAGAUGUUUGAUGAGAUGUUGGCAAAAGGAUUAAUGCCUGAUGAAGCCACAUUUUGCGCUCUCCUUUGUGCUUGUUGUCACGCUGGCCUUGUCAAAGACGGCCGGGAGAUUUUCCAUCGAAUGAAAGAUGAAUUUCACAUCAUGGCUAUGCCUGAGCACUAUGUUUUCAUGGUUAAGCUUCUUGGCAGUGCUGGCCACUUAGAAGAGGCUUACAAACUCGUUCAGUCCUUACCGGAACCAGUAGACAAGGCCAUCCUUGGAGCCCUAUUAUCAUGCUGUAAUUCUAGUGGAAAUUCCAAGAUGGCAGAAAAAGUAGCUCAGCAACUUUUUGAAAGUAAUCCUGAUGAUAAUGCUUACAGCGUUAUGCUUUCUAAUAUAUAUGCAGGUGAUGGGAGGUGGGACGAGGCAAAGAACUUGAGAGACAGAAUAACAGGAGGUCAGAGAAAAAUGCCCGGACUGAGCUGGACUGAAGGAAGUUUCUGCUAAAACAAGAUAGGGUAAAAUUUUGAUAGAUCCGAAGCCUUUGGUCAAAUGUCUUUCCAAGUCACAGCACUUUGAAUGCAAUUCAGCAUUUGUUCAGAUGCAUAUUCAUGUUAUGAUGCAAUUCAGAAUUAUGCUCUUAGCAUAAAGUUAUAUAAAUUGAAAUUCAAGCACAAUUUCUGACUUCAGUUGCCUAACUCGAGUGAUGCCUGAAUAUUUUCUCCUGUUACGAACAAACAUUGUGAAGUGUCUUUGUGUUGCCGAAUAAUCCAAAAGGGAUGGCCAAGUUGUGUUGUGUCUGCAAUCAAUAAAAAAUUCCGUGGGCGAGGUAAGUUCUAAACCUUAGCAGUAAUUCAAUAAUUUUGUUUAUAGCUGCCAUAGUUAAGAGAAAAUGAAUGCUAGGGAGUAAUUGAUCUUGAAACUGGUUUAGUAUGUUUAACAGAUUUAUGUGAGGAACUUUUAUGAUACUAAAGAGCUAUUAUUAAUGUAAGUUACAUUUGAAUUCUCGAUUUUAUGCCAUGCUGUUAUGAAAUCACUUAUUUCAAAAGUUUAAGCUGAUCUGAGGAGGUGCAUAAAUGUUUCUAUAUCUAUCACAUGCAUUGAUUUCAUUGUACUCAUUGUGAUUUAAGACGGAACAUGCUUAAAGUUUAUACGCGCUGCAUGUUCUCUGUUGUUGCAUUUGUCUUGAAUUGUUUUAAUGCUGCUAUAUAUGCAAAUCUAAAAAUUUGCAUACAUUUUUUAGGCUCUAGUGAUUUACAAAGUUUCUUGGAUUCCUUAUAGGUAACUUAAGUGUAAACAUUCUCCGGAUUAAUUUGAACUUUUACCUCACUUUUUCAACAGAGAUUUUGUUAGUAACACAGAAAACUUACAAAGUGCAAUAUCAAAACUAAAUAUUUAUGGACUGAUAGGCAUAAAUCAAUACCAAAUGUGAAGUGGAAGCAUGGUGUACCAUUAAUAAGGUUUGAGGUACUCAAUUUUCCCUUUAUAGAUUCAUUCAAUGUGCAAAAUUACAAAAUUACCAAGGACAUAAAUGUCAAGAAAUUAUUGACUUGUGUUUUCUUGGUAUUGUUACUUUGAGCUUUAUUACUAGA